CUACCAUGACAUUGAAAGAGCCCGCUGCCAUCACAUCCCUCUUGGAUACAGACUUAUACAAGUUGUACAUGCAUGCUGCGGUCAACAAGCAUUUCAAGAAUACGCCAGUAACAUACAAAUACACCAACCGUACGCCUUCGAUGGUUUUCAAUGAGGCUUCUAUCGCCUGGUUGAAGAAGCAAGUCAGCUUGUUGGCGGAGUUGCGAUUCACGGGAGAAGAGAUUGGAUACUUGAAAAAGACAUUACCACAAUUGCCGGAGGAGUACUUCGCAUACUUGAAGACGUUCAAGUUAGACCCAGCUACGCAGGUUAAGUAUUACAACGAUGGAAAGGACGAACUUGCCGAUUUCCAGCUUGAAAUCGCAGGUAACUGGGAUGAAACAAUCCUUUACGAGAUUCCAGUUUUGGCAUUGCUUUCAGAAGCCUACUUUAAGUUUGUUGACACCAACUGGACCUACGAUGGCCAGGACGAAUUGGCCAAGCUCAAGUGUUCUCGAUUGUUUGCUCACAACUGUCUUUUCAGCGAGUUUGGAACUAGACGUAGAAGAUCGUUCAGAACUCAGGAUAUAGUCGUUAAGUCUUUAAAAGAAUACUCUUUAGCACACCCAGAGCAAAAGCAUCUUUUGUUGGGUACUUCUAAUGUGCUAUUGGCCAAGAACUACGACUUGGCUCCUAUUGGGACUGUAGCUCAUGAAUGGUUCAUGGGUACUGCUUCUGUCAGCCAGGACUAUACCAAUGCCAACAAGCUAGCCAUGGACUAUUGGAUCGAUACUUUUGGCCCAAAAAAUGCUGGACUUGCCCUCACAGACACGUUUGGAACGGAAUCAUAUCUUAAAGUCUUCAACAAGCCAUACUCUGAUUACUACACUGGAGUAAGACAAGACUCUGGAGACCCAGAAGUAUACGCAGAGAAGAUUGCUGCUCACUACAAGAAAUUGGGGUACGCCGAUUUCUCCAAGAUCAUCUGUUUUAGCGACUCAUUGAAUAUCGAGAAGUGCUUUAAAUACAAGCAAAAGUCGGACGAAUUGGGCUUAAUGGCUACUUUUGGUAUUGGAACAUUCUUCACAAACGAUUUCAAGUCUACAGUGGAACCAUACGCCAAGUCUGCUCCUCUCAAUAUUGUCAUUAAGUUAAAGAAUGCCGGUGGAUAUGACUCCAUCAAGAUCAGUGACAACUUGGGCAAGAAUAUGGGAAACCCAGAAAUCGUGUCGAGGGUGAAAAAGGAAUUGGGCUACGAAGAAAAACGUUGGGAUGAAGGAGACGAGUCCAAGAGAUGGACAUGAACAACAGAUUAAAGAGACGCUUGAACAGGUACAGUACAAAAAAGACUCAAAAUAACUUUUCGAUAAUUUUACGAGUGUGUAUGAUUGUUACAUAGAAUGACCUAAUGUCCAGUAUUACAAUGCUAACUAGCAUAAUUACAUAACAAUUGGU